AUGAAAUACCUGCCGAAGAAGACGUCAGUCCUGCGCCGAUUGCGAAGGUCGAGGGAUAGGGAUGAGCUGUGGUUUGAAUUCCAUGUGCUGAUGUCCAUGUGUUCGUGGGGCAUUCCUCAUCAAGCCGCUCGUGAAUCCCUAGUCGUAUCUCCUACUCCAGUGUCCAUUUCCCAGCUGCUCGAUCACAAGUCUCCGUCCGCGCUAUCGUUGUUCAGUCGUCCAUCGCUGGCCCCUGCUAUCAUCAGCUCCUACACGAUGCGACUCGGUCAAAAGCGGAAACAGACCUCGAUCGUGCUUGCCCCCUGGCCAUCCCUAGCCUUGUGCUGCUCACCAGCCAACACGAAUCCUUCUACACUCUCAGCAGUCGACCAGCUCCCUCGAGACCUCGUAUCUGUCUCACAAAACGCCCGUUGUCCGUCCUCGACGGGUGGCUUGUCACUGCGUAUUCCAUUGCGGUCAUCUUUGAUCACACGAGCUGGACCAGCGCGUCCAUUUGUCGCGUCGUUCACUGUCGAUACGCUUUGA